UCUCCCUAGAAACCCCCCUCUCCCCCCUCCCCGGGGUCUGCACGUCUCCCUUCUGUCCCCCCAUUGAUCCUCUGGCUUCUAUGCAGGAGGUCUACAUAGGACUGGGAGAAGCUGCCCGAGCCCAGGGGAGGUGGGGCCCGCAGGGGGCAGGGGGUUGCAGCGCGAUGGGUUUAUCGCUAAGACCCAGGAGCAGCUGGGUGGGAGGAUCGUUGGGGGUCAGUCCCCGGCAGCAGGAAGUGACUCGCAGCCGCCGCGGUGAUUCUGGCUCCCAGGGGGGCCCCGCUCGGAGGGAAGCGCUUGUCCCGGUUCCCGUGGCGGACGGCUCCAUUGAGAGGGACGCAAUUCAGUCGGGCGCGGUGUACGAACUGCCAGUCGGUGAAUCCGGUGAAGUUGCCCGCGGGGAGAAAGUGGUUGCUGGAGUCCCACUUGCUGGUCACCUCAAAGGCCUUACCCUGGAUACAGCUCUGGAGUUGAGCUCCGUGGACCAGAAGCUGCUGCCUCCUCCAUUUUGACCUGGGAACCCAAACUGAGAAGCUGCUUCUUACCCAGCAGAGGAGAGACCUUUGUUAAAGCCCCUCGGUGCCCAGCUCGGGUGGGGACUUUCUCCGGUGCCUGGAACCUGCCCCUGGGGCAGCCCCGGGCUCUGCGGACACCAGGUCCUGAACUGGAGCCCGCAGGCUGAAGAAUCACAUCCAGCUUUCGCUCCAGAUCGUCCCGUCUUCCAGGAGACAGGGAAGGGAAAUGGCUGUGAUGGAGCCAGCUCAGAUGCCGGUGACCUUUGAGGAGGUGGCUGUGUAUUUCACCCAGGGGCAGGGGGCUCUGCUGGACCCCGCUCAGAGAGCCCUCUACAGGGACGUCAUGCAGGAGAAUUACGAGACAGUGACCUCGUUGGGAUUUCCCAUUCCCAAACCUGAGCUGAUCUCCCGCCUGGAACAAGGGGAAGAGCCAUGGGUACCCGAUCUCCAGGCCUGUGAGGAAAGAGAGAUCCCGAGAGGCACCCACACAGCAGGCGCUGAGCGAGGGAGUGAGAACAAGGAGGGGAAUCAUCAUGAGGAAGUUCCUGGGGAAGUGGAUAAAUCUAUUAUAUGUGGGGGAGGACACAAGGAUCCCACAGCCCAGCAGACAAAUCUCAAUGAAGAGAAACUCUAUCAGUGCUUCGAAAGUGGGAAAGGAUUCAUUCUGAGAUCACACCUUGUGACACAUCAGAGAAUCCACACAGGAGAGAAACCACAUAAGUGCUUGAACUGUGGGAAAAGUUUCACACGGAGAUCAGGCCUUGUUACACAUCAGAGAGGCCACACAGGAGAGAGAUCCCAUAAGUGCUUGGCGUGUGGGAAAAGUUUCAGAUACAGAUCAGUUCUUGAUUCACAUCAGAGAAUCCACACAGGAGAGAAACCCUAUAAGUGCUUAGACUGUGGGAAAAGUUUCAUACAGAGAUCCACUCUUGUUUCACAUCAGACAAUCCAUACAGGAGAGAAAUCCCAUAAAUGCUUGAACUGUGGGAAAAGUUUCAAACGGAGAUCAGGCCUUGUUAAACAUGAGGCAAUCCACACAGGAGAGAGACCGCAUAAGUGCUUAGACUGUGGGAAAAGUUUCAGACACAGAUCGUUCCUUACGAGGCAUCAGAGAAUCCACACAGGAGAGAGACCCCAUAAGUGCUUGGACUGUGGGAAAAGUUUUAUAGAGCGAUCAGACCUCAUUAAACAUGGGAGAAACCACACGGGAGAGAAACCCCAUAAGUGCUUGGACUGUGGGAAAAGUUUCAUAGAGAGAUCUGCUCUUCUUUCACAUCAGACAAUCCAUACAGGAGAGAGACCUUAUAAAUGCCUCAACUGCGGGAAUGGUUUCCGUUGGAAGUCAGUCCUUAUAAUACAUCAGAGAAUCCACACAGGAGAGAAACCCCAUAAGUGCUUAGACUGUGGGAAAAGUUUCACACAGAAAUCAGUCCUUGUUAAACAUGGGAGAAUCCACACGGGAGAGAAAUCCCAUAAGUGCUUGGACUGUGGGAAAAGUUUCAUAGAGAGAUCUGCUCUUGUUUCACAUCAGACAAUCCAUACAGGAGAGAGACCCCAUAAGUGCUUGAACUGUGGGAAAAGUUUCCGUUGGAAGUCAGUCCUUAUAACACAUCAGGCAAUCCAUACAGGAGAAAGACCCCAUAAGUGCUUGGACUGUGGGAAAAGUUUCAGGUGGCAGUCAGGCCUUAUUAAACAUCAGAGAAUCCAUACAGGAGAGAGACCCCAUAAGUGCUUGGACUAUGGGAAGUUUCACACAGAGAUCACACCUCAUUAAACAUAGGAGACUCCACACAGCAUCUAAACUUCUGUGACCCGUGGCCAGAAAGGGGGAAGCAACUUGCAGGCUAAUUGAUCCAGAUUCAACCUUUAGAGACAUGCUUCAUAAGUGUGUAAAUGGUAUUUAGGGCCAUUCCAUGUUGUAUAGGCUUCAGCUUUGAAAUGUAAACUUGUAUUCCUAAAGAAUUGGAGGAAGUCGUCUUUGUUUACCUAUAUCUUGUUAGAGGUUAACAAUGUAACCAAACGGUUCCUCUCUAGGGCUGUAUUCUCUUAAUUUGGAGAUCAAACAGAAAUAUUAACAUUUAGAUAAAACUUGGGUGUAAUAAUGUCAUUGUCUGCGUGUCUCUUUAAAGUUUGUGGGAAACAGUCUAUGAACUCCUUACUGGAUAAUCACCUUAUGUUAAUCCAUGUCGUUAAUUGCCGGUGAUGUUUAGGAAAUACAAGGUUACUUCAAAAGCCUAUUGUUCACCGAGAGGCUGCAAAAAUCUGUAUUAAAAACUCUUGGGACCUGAUCCUUUUCUCUCAGAUCUUCUUACGCUUUAUUCGGGGGGAGUUUGAGUCGUAAGACUGAGAUCUCCAGUCUCCUCUGGACUGCCCUGAUAUCGAACAUUUGGACAUUAGACUAGAACCUGAUUAAAUGAUUCUAAAAAGGACUCCUCAAUUCAAUUCUAAAGCACCAUCUCUGCGGUGAAACUGACCUAAGCACUCUAUUAAUGUCUGUAUGUAUAAUGAUCUUUUAACCAAUACUCUCUCUUUUCUGCUUUUAAUAAAUUUGACUUUAGUUAAUAAGAA